CUUUGGAAAUGGCUUUCGCAGUCGAGUUUUUACUUUCCUAGACCACACAUUAUUUUUUGAAAUGUUUUCGAGAGUGCUUGGGGUAUUUUUUCUGCCUGCAGCAGAUCCUGUCGCAGCGAAACUUCCAUUUCUGGGAUCUGCAUGGCCCACAACAAUUCUACUUUUAAGCUAUCUUGUCUUUGUCUUAAAAUGGGGCAAAAUAUUUAUGGAGGGCCGAAAACCGUUUAAUUUAACAAAAAUACUAAUUUGGUAUAAUAUUUUUCAAGUUAUUUAUAAUUUUCUUAUGUUUUCUGGUGGAUUCUACUUCUUCUUAAUUAAACCAAUGUACGACUUGGAUUGUAUGCCAACUAUUGCUCUGGACCAUCCCAAUAAGAAUACUGAAAGAGCAUUAGCCUAUAUUUAUUUCAUCAAUAAGAUAAUAGAUCUUUUGGAUACCAUCUUCUUUGUGCUUCGAAAGAGUUACAAGCAGAUUACAGUACUGCACGUCUUCCACCAUGUUUUGAUGGUCUUUGUCAUAUAUUGGGUGGUUAGAUUCUAUGGAGUCGGAGGACAAUUUAUGAUCAUGGGACUUCUAAACACAUUUGUGCACACCGUGAUGUACUUUUAUUACAUGGUUUCUGCAAAGUACUCUGGCCUGAAAGGAAGUAUUUGGUGGAAGAAGUACAUAACCCUGAUUCAAAUAAUUCAAUUUAUUAUUGUAUUGUCACAAUGUGUUUAUAUAUAUUUCUUUAAUCCACAAUGUAAAUUCCCAACGAGUUUACAGUUUUUGCUUUCGUCAUGUUCUUCUUUAUUCAUUGUAAUGUUCACGAGUUUUUAUAUUAAGACGUAUACCACGCCUCGUCCACAAAAACAGCAUUAGGGAAUUCGAAAUUAUUAAAUCUAUAUAAUUCGCAGAUCUAACGUAAUUUUAAUAAAUGCCAAAAAAAAAAAAUAAUAAAGAUUGUUGAUUAU